AUGCCCUCCCCCGCAGCUCCUGCAGGCCACGAUCAAACCUCCAAAACUACCACCUCAAAGCCAAAGAGAAUAACCAACCCCCUCCGUAUUCUCAUCCUCACACCCUCGACUCAAUCAAACCAGACAAUCCCUGUUCUGUUACAAUCACUAACCGGCGUACCCGCCACACCGCCUCUUUCUUCUUUGUCAUCGUCGACAGAUAAUCCAGAGCAGAAGCAGUCAUUUGCAGGCUACACAACCCACGCCCCAUUCCAAAUAUCGAAUAAAUACUACUCCGCCGACGUACCAAUAUGGGUUGACGAGAUUCCCACAGCCUCAUCACCCCCUCAAUCAUCAACUGUCGCUACUAUCCCUACCAACGAAGAGGCGAUAGAAAGCACCUCGCAAUGGAAAACAAGCUUCCUAUCCGAUGAAGCGCGCGAAGUGCGUGACGCAAUUGGCGCUAUAGUUCUGUGUGUACGCAAUCCGGCGCUGGCGAUUAGUAGGGCGGUGCCGAAGGAGGCAUUAAGUCUUGCUACUACGGUCGGUUCUUCGACGUUACAAACGGCCAUUGAGGAGGACAGCAAGGAUGCAGCUGAGAGGGAGGAUGUACGAUCUAUCAAGGAGUUGAUGGGGAUUGUGAGUGAACUCAAAAGCAAGAUUGAGGAGGAGCGGAAUGGCGGUGAUGAAGAUGAAGGCGAUCUGGUGGGAGGGGCAGAAGUUCCAGGGAUAUUAGUUCUGAUUGAUGAACACCGCUCCUUGUCAUCAAUUUCGAAAAAGAAGCACGGAUCCGGGAUUGAUGAUGAUGAUGAAAACCUCCAGGCUGAAGAACCAUUUUCGUCAUCCUGGUGGGAAGAGGUACUUUACGAGCAGGGCAUAUUUGGUAUGGAAGUUAUACAAUGGACGCCCUCUUCAUCAACCACAAACACAGAUGUACCAGAAACGAGAAAUAUAUACGGCGAAUUAGAAGGUUUACCGCGCCUGAAAGAGGUUCUGUCUACUCAUGAAUGGACUGCAUCUUCUUCAAGAGAUGUUGGCGACGAAGACGACGACGAUGACAUAAUGGCCUUCCUCAACAGCGAGACUAGAGGCGAGGAAAGCACCGGGUUCAAGUUCGAGGUUGAUCAACUCGAGCGUGAAAUGAUGGGUUUGCGAUUCGCUAUUAACGGUGGUGAUAACGAGGAUGAUGAUGCCCAUGAAGAGGAAGAAGACCCGGAGUUGCAAGUUGAGAAUCUUGAGGCGCUGAUGAUGCGUAUGAGGGCCAUCAAAGAUAUGUCAUCCGAUUUACCAGAGAGUAAACGCAAGGCAUUCGCGGCCAAGGCUGUUAAGGAUAUUAUGCGAGAAUUGUGA